ACUGAUUUAUUAUUGCUCAUUUCAGAUGUACUGAUGGCAUUCUCUUUGUAGUCGAUUCAGUUGAUGUUGAGCGUAUGGAGGAAGCUAAAAUGGAACUUAUGAGAACCGCAAAGUGCCCUGACAAUCAAGGUGUUCCUGUACUGAUAUUAGCUAACAAACAAGAUUUACCUGGUGCUUGUAAUCCUAAGGAAUUAGAAAAAUUAUUAGGACUUCAUGAACUAUUACAUCCAGCUAUUUAUACGCAAAAUACAAGACCGAGCUCAUCAUCAACUGGUAGUAUUGUGUGUAGCAGCAGUACAAUUAGUAUGAAUACGUUUGGUAAAACUAUGACACCCACAUCGCAGCACAACAUUAAAAUGUUUAGUAACAGUGGUGGAAACAGUAACCAAUUCUGCGAAUCGUCAUCAGUGGCAGCAGUUGGAGAAUUAAGAACUGACCAAGAAUCCGAAAAUAGCGAUGGAAUUAGUAAUACUACUAAUAUAUACACAUCAUUUUUGUCGACAGCUCGCGACAAACAUUUGUUGUCAUGUGGAUCCUCACAACCUUCAGUAGUGACAACUCCGACUGCUACAGCUGUUAAUGCACUAAUGCAGCCAAAAUCAAUGACCAAAUCAAUCAGCUAUUCAGCACCAUCACACCAAUUUAAAGGUUGGUAUAUUCAACCAGCCUGUGCCAUAACUGGAGAAGGUUUACAAGAAGGUUUUGAAGUACUUUAUGAAAUGAUUUUGAAACGGCGGAAACUCAAUAAAAUGUUUAAGAAAAAACGUUUACCAUAAAUAUGAAUAUCGAAG